AUGGAUUUCUCCAAGAUCACCUCCAUGGCCGAGAGCGCCCUCAAGGGCAACUCGGACGAUAACAACAACAACAACAACAACAACAACAACAACGGUGGUGACAACAACAACUCUGGCUCCGGCAAUUGGGGUGAAGUUGGCCAGGCCGCCAAGCAGGCCUACAGCGACUACGAGUCCAAGGGCAACCUCGACUACAAGCAGCUCGGUAACGUUGUCAAGGACGCCGCCACGGCGUACAACUCCGAGUCCAACAAGAGCGACCUGGUCGGCAUUGGCAAGAACAUUGCCGCAGGCUUUUCUGGCCACGGCAGCAGCAACAACAGUAACAACAACAACAGCAACAACAACAACACCAACAACAACACCAACAACACCAACAACACCAACAACACCAACAACGACAACAACAACAACAACAACAACAACAACAACAACAACAACAACAACAGUAGCAGCAACUUCGGCGGCAACAACAACAACAACUCGAGCAACAACAACAACGACAACUUCAGCUCCAACAACAACUCGAACUCCAACUCGGACAACUUUGGCCGCAACAACAACAACAACAACAACUCGGACAACUACGGCUCCAACAACAACUCCAACUCGGACAACUUUGGCUCCAACAACAACUCGGACAACUACGGUUCGAACAACAACAACAGCAACGACAACAACGACAACAACUACUAA